AUGAUUGUCUCGAAGUAUUUUAAAGAUAUUAAUGAUUUUAUUAAUUUAGAAAUUGGAAUUAAAAGAUUUAGAGGAAAUAUGGAACGAUUUCAUUUUAAUCCAAUUCCAUUGAAUCAAUAUUCAAGAAGAUUAUUUCCUAAUAUUGAAACAUUUCAUAUUUAUAAAGAAGAAGAUGAAGUUGAAUUAGGAGAUAGUUGUUUUUAUGAAUGUAAAUCAUUAAAAUCAAUUAAUAUACCAACAAGUGUAAUUGAAAUAGGAAAUGGAUGUUUUUUGAAAUGUUCAUCAUUAAAAUCAAUUAAUAUACCAUCAUCAAUUACAUCAUUUGGAAUUGGAUAUUUUUGUCAUUGUGGAUGUGAAGAAGAAUUAAAGAAGAAUAAAACAAUACCAGAAUCCCGCUUUAAAUAUUAA